GGUCGUUGCAAGUGCUUCACAGAAACCCCGUUGAGCAUCUCUCCCAAUGUCGCCCGCACGCAUCAUGAGCCAGCAGCAUGUCUGAACUUCCAAAGGACUUGUGGAAUACGCCGGCUCUCGAGCCGCCCCCAGGCGUAACACCCCAUUUCGUCACAUUCUCGCCGGAUCUGAAGUUCUACCUUGGAAUGUCGUUAUGCACCAUCAUACCUGGAUUACUCGUCAUUCUACGCUUCUAUAACAAAAUCAGGAUAGUUCGGAAGACCGACCUGGCUGAUUACAGCAUUCUGGUGUCUUUUCUACUACUGCUUGCCAUCGUGGGCAUCGCACGGAUGACAAGUCGCUUUGGCGUUGGAGUCCAUCAAUGGAAUAUACGACUCGUGGACUACAUGCGUCAAGCAUAUUGGCUCUACAUCGGUGAACUUCUGUAUGGCCCAACUAUAUUUCUGAUCAAAGCCGCCAUCGUUCUCCAGUACAUCCAACUGUUCGCACCCCUCCGGUGCCUCGACCCAUUUGUGUACAUCGGCGGAUGGGUGACGAUUCUACUCAUGUUCCUCUCUUACACUACGAUGUUUUUUGUCCUCCUUUUCAUGUGUAGGCCCAGAGAGAAGUUAUGGAAUCCAUACCACAAGGACGGAGAAUGCUUAGACGCCUAUCCGCUGGUAUACUCGAUCCCUGCCAUCAAUGUCAUAUAUGACCUUGCGGUUAUGCUGCUCCCAGUUCCAUCAAUAUGGAAGCUGCAUAUUCCGCUGAAAAAGAAGUGUGGCAUUAUCUUGCUAUUUGCCACUGGUUUAGUAGCGACAGUCGCCACCUGGAUGCGGAUUUUCUACACGGUAGAAUUCAAGGGCUCGAGGACCAAGAUUAAUACGUCCUACAUGAUGGCAUUCGCUGGGCUGUCAUCUGUGGUUGAGAUCGCACUUGGAAUCACUAUCGCCUGCUGUCUAUCUCUGACGAAGUUUCUGAGUGUAAAGUUAAAAGAGCUGUCGAAUUUCUCCCGUUCUGUUUCAAAAAGGUUCACAGAGGGUUGGAACUCACUCAACAUCAAGCAGACCAAGUCCAACACAUCCGGUGGCUCCAUGGACAUCACUCCUCCGCGAAGCAUUGAUGCAGUUUGCGGGCCGUCUGAGCCAUCGCUCACGUCUGGUGGCGGGAGUUUCACGUUGAAAGAUAUUCCCACGGACAGUGAGGAAGUAUGA